UUAAAAACCUCCUCAGAUCCUGUAAAACUGUCAGGAAUGAGUCAGUGCUCUGCCAGGCCUCAUUGUCUUAUUCUACCUCCGGGCUUCUCGGUUUUCUGGGGUCGCACUGAUAUUUGACCACUUUGGUAACAGGGAUCAAACAAGCACAGGUAACUGCAUCUAUGAACACAUUCUAGGCAGAGCGGUUUAGGGCGCAGGAAAAGGGUGGAGCCGCAGGGAUCCAUCUGAACCUGAAGAGCCGCAGAAGGAAAUGGAAGGAGAUGCGCUCUGAAUCUGCGGUUUCUCCACCGCUGCAGGAUGCCUUUAGGGUCUCGAUUUUCCUUCGCAUCUCUCGCUUUGCUCUCAAGUUUAAUCAGUGAAGGUAAAGUGCUAUCAUGAGGCGCACCAGCGUGCAGCCCUCACCGCGAGCUGCGCGUAAAAGCGAGUGGCUCCGCAGCGCCCUGGCGCAUCAUCACUGCCCCGAUCCAGGAGCCGAAAACGAAAUAGUGGUCCUCGCCACUGGGAUGGAUCAGUACCUGCAGGAGGUCUUCCACCACCUGGCUCACCCCAACCAGGAGGAUACUGUGUCCGCGGAGGACUUCAAGGCUCUUUGCGCUGUGCUGGGACUUCCCGCAGAGACAAGGACGCCCAAAGCAGAGGAUGGAAGCGGAGAUGGUGGAAUAGACCUGCAGCAACAGGAAGACUUUAUGGACGUUUGCGCAAGUUUACCCCACCAGCUGUCCUUUAAAGACUUUCACUCACGGCUCUGUGGGUAUUUCCGUGUGCGCAGUGCGCCCGCAGUCAGCGGAGACUGCGUCUGGCGUCUGCCGGUGUCUGAGGACACGGAGCUGGUGGAGAGACAGAUCCGACUCCGGUGGCCCCGCGUCCGGCGGAGGAAGUGUGUUAGUUUCGAUUUGAGCAGAGAUCAGACUGGAACCAGGAGCAAAUCCACCAAAAAGGGAACCAUGGAGGGCCUCCAAGACCAAGAUGAGGUGGCUGCUCUCAGAGAGCUGGUUGAGGACCUCCGCUCUGCUCUGCAGGGGAGCGAUGCUCGCUGUCUGGCCCUUGAAGUGGCCCUCAGACGGGAGAGGAGCCGGACGCUCACUGCCCCCUUUACCCACAGUGCCUCUGUUUCCACUCCUAAACCCUCAGGGAGCCUAAUGCGGGCAAAGCUGGUGCCAACUGACAGACUUAAACAUCAGCCUGGGGUUCAACGGGAAGACGGAACAAGGAGCGGACAGAGGAGGUGGGAUAUCAGAGACCCCAUACUGAGGGAGCUAAAGCUGAUUCGAUCCUCACGGGAUGGGCAGCUAGAGGAGGCCAUCAAAUUCAAUGAGCGCUUGGAGGAAGAGCUGCAAUGGGCUUAUCAGGAGGUGCGCAAGCUGCAGGGGGUGGAGUCCUCCCUGAGGAAGGAGAACAACCAGAUCAGGAAGCGGGCAGAGGAAGCUAGAGAGGCUCUGAGUUUAGGGCUGCAGAGGGUCCGGCUGAUUCAGGAGCAGGCCCAGUCUGUGCCGCGGCUCCAGUCCAAAAUCAGCAAGCUGGAGAGCGAGCUGCUCCGGUACAGCAGAACUGGCGGCACAUGCCUCUCUGUCGCCACAGGUCGAUUAUCUCAACCUGAGGAAUUAUUUGAUGCUGAAUGUCUGCAGCGGGCAGUAGAGGGGAGAGCUGCCUCUGAUGAAGAGGAAGAUGACAGGGCUCUGAAGAAGAGAGAACAGAGCUUCUCCUUAGAGGAGAAGAGGAACCUUCCACACAACCAUGGCUGUGGUGACGGAUGUCAGAGUGACGUCCACCAGCCUCCGUCUCAGAGCUCCUCAGAGCAGGAAAAGCAAACCAGCACAUCUGCAGACGCCAGAGCGUGCUGCAGCUGGACUGAACAAAAGCAAGGGAGGAAAAAUGGAUGUGGAGCCUUCAAAAUGGUAAAGAGGCCGGAUGAGGAGGCAGAGAAGACACGUCUGUCUUUGCUGGAGGACAAACUGACAGAUUCACUCAGCCUGCUGCUGCAGCUCCGUAAUAAGAAUGUGUCACGAAGGGUCCUGGAGAAGAUGGUGUUGGACAGCCUUGACGUGUGCCGUAGAGGAGAAGCUGCUCCACCUCCUCACAUGCAGGCCGCUGACGCCCUCAGCAUCCACCUGACCUCCAGUGACCUUACCAAAAGCAGAGGGCCGGAGGACAGGGGAGAAGGCCACAGUGGGAAGAAACAUCUGCUUCCACCUUCAGGGUGUCAAACUAGCAACUCUCUGCUCAUCUCUGGUUAAAAAGCUCAUCUCUGUUACAGCUGUUUAAGUAAAUCCAUUAUUAGCUGUUUUACCAUUUACCCUUUGAUAUACACAUUUAUUUAAUUUAAAUUGUACUUCCAUUUAGCACUUGUGUGGACCUAUAAAAAAAUAAUGUGUAUUGUUGUCUAGUCAUGUUUUGGGUUGCAGAACAUCAGAAUAACCUACCUCAAUAAUUUGCUGCUCAGUCAAUAAAA